AUGUCCUUCCAGUUUGGCUUUUCAAGUCAAGAUUUGAGCAAUGAUGAAUUUGGCGACCAACAAAAUGGUGGGUAUUCCAAUUCCGAUGCCAACGGAGCACCAGAGAUUUCAACAGCCAGCGCUCUAGAUGCAGCCCAUCUGAGGUCAGCACAAGUCAAACAGCCUAAAUGGGAAUGUCUAGAGGACACUCUGAAAAGCCUUGUUGAUGUUAGAGUUUCGUUCGAAAAAGUACUCACACCUCAACGUUCUAUCCCCCUGUAUCGGAGAGAGCUUUUCGAUGUCAAGCAUCAGUUGAUGACGGAGUCAGAAGAAAAGACAGAUGAAGACGCCAAAGUGGAACUAGAAAUCUUGAUAGGCGAAACCAACGAGGAUUUGCGUAAAAACGUAUAUGAAGGUGGUUUGAAAUCGUGGGAAUGUUCCAUCGAUCUCGUAGAUGCGCUUUCGGACUCUGUGCAUCGCGGCAAAAAUCGUGGCACGAUCGUGGAGCUUGGCUGUGGCACGUCGCUGCCGUCUGAGUAUCUUUUUAGCCAGCUUCUAAGUCGCAGUGCUCAACCUUGCGAUGUGACCUUCAUUUUAGCAGACUACAACGAAUCGGUUCUGCGACUUGUAUCCCUACCCAAUUUCAUCAUAACGUGGGCGAUGGAGACUUUAAGCCUGCAGGAACUCACAGGAUUACAGCAGAGCAACAACGAUUCAGUUCCGGUAGUCGAAAACGAGCUUUUGUUCACUGAAGCGUUAUUGCAGAAGUUCCAAGAAGAUAUCUUUGCAAGAGGUAUUAGUCUCAAGCUACUUUCAGGAUCCUGGGGCCGUACUUUUCAUAAUGUUCUCGAUUCUGCACUGCAAAAUUCGAGCUCUGAACUGCUUUUAUUGUCUUCAGAGACCAUUUACCAGCCAGACAUGCUUCCUGUGAUUUCUGACCUCAUACUCCAGUUGCUACAGGACUCACAAUCAAGACAACAAACAGCAACAGCAUUAGUGGCGGCCAAAGAUAUAUAUUUUGGAGUUGGAGGAAGCGUUAUCGAGUUUCAAAAUUACAUCCAGAAAAGAAUAACGACUGGAUCUCUGAGCUUAGCCUGGCAGACAUUUAAAGUUCAGGCUGGCCUAAAAAGAUCCAUCGUCUCGAUCUAUGAAAACGAAAGCUAG